AUGGACUGGGAGAAGUCGCUGAACCGAUCCAGGGUGAACUCUUCCACUCCAGCUAUUUCUUCAUCUCCAUCUUCGUUUUCUGGCCUGGACCUCCUGUUCGACCUGAAGCUCGUCUUCAUCCCUCUCUACUCUGCUGUGGUCCUGAUCGCCUGCUCCGGCAACCUCCUCCUGCUCUUCCUCAUCUGGCACAACAAGAAAAGACACAACACCACAAACUUCCUCAUCAGCAACCUGGCGCUUGUCGACCUGAUCAUGUGCAUCUUCUGUGUCCCUUUGACGGCAUCCUAUGCUUUUGACAAGCGUGGAUGGGUAUUUGGACCGCACAUGUGUCAUUUUGUCACUGUCAUGCAGUCUGCAGCUGUCUACGCUGCAGUCCUGUCCCUUAUGGCCAUUGCAGUCGAUCGUUACGUUGUUGUGGCUUAUCCCAUCCGCAAAAGAGCAGGUUGCCAGUUUUGCUGGGGUCUGGUGGUCCUAAUCUGGCUGUCCUCUCUAGCUUUAUCUACACCUACAGCCCUACACACCGUCUACCUGGACCUGCAGGCUACAGGCCUGCAGAUGGCCGUGUGUGAGGAGUUCUGGGACGGUCAGGAGCGAGGUCGCCUCAUCUACUCCUGUUUCAUUCUCUUCUUCUCCUACUUUGUCCCACUGGCUGCUGUAUCCAUUUCCUACUGUGCUAUAUCCUAUCAGCUGAAGCAGAGGACCACAUCUGGCCUGAUGGCAUGUUCAGAGCUGAGAUCUGCAAGGGCUGCCUGGAGCAGACGGAGGAGGAAGACCUUCUACCUGCUGCUGGUGUCCGUCCUCUGUUUCGCCUUUUCAUGGCUCCCCUUACAGGUGGUGAAUCUGAUCCGUGACCUGGACACAGACUUCUCUAUCUUGGGGAAGAAUUACGUAAAUGUGAUCCAGGUGUCGAGUCACCUGUUUGCCAUGAGCUCCGCUUGCUACAACCCUUUUAUUUACGCCUCAUUACAUGACAAGUUCCUGUCCUACCUGUGUCACCACUUCCUGUCCUGGAGGAGAGGAAGAGGAAAGGACCGGGGUCAAGGGUCAAGCAUCCUGACAAUGUCACACAGAAUGCCACGUCUUCACACCUCCACCAUUGUGGCAGAUUUACCAGGUGCUGUUGCAAGUAACAUUGUUCCUCAAGACAACUACGCUUAA